AUGACUACAGCUGGUAGGCCUACAUGGAGUACAGCGAAGGGUGGAAAAGGCAAAUGGGAGGGUGACUUGAGCGCUUUAUCAAAGCAAUACUCUGUCCGUGAUCUCCCUUCCCACACGAAGCUCAAGUAUCGUCAGGAAGGUCAGGGAAGACCGGAGGACCUUCAGGGGAAAGAUUUUAAAAAGGAGCUUGAAGAAAAGGAAAGACAAGCAGCCCUUGAAAAGUCAAAAAAAGGACCAAAUCACGUCCCUCUAUCACAUUCGGGUGAAAAAAGACCGGCUAUCUCGGAUCAGGAUCGUAAUACUGGUUCAUCGAAACGACCGAAGCAGCCAGUUUUGACAGCGACUGCAGCUUCCGUUCCAACAGCCAAUCUUGAUGCUGAUGACCCGUGGGAAGAAGACUAUACUGAAGAGGAACUCAAGGUACCUAACAAUAAUCCUAGCUCAAGUUCCGGUGACGAUGAUGAUGAUGAUGAUGAUGAGAGCAACGAAGAAGACGAGGAAGCUCUUCUUGCCGAAUUGGCUAAGAUAAAGCGGGAACGUGCAGAGGAGGCUGUUCUAGCGGCAGCAGAAAAGAAAGCUGCAGAGGAGACCAUUCGGAUGGAGAAUAUUCUCAAGGGCAAUCCUUUGCUCAAUAAUAAUAAUUCCUCGGAGUUCAAAGUUAAGCGUCGUUGGGAUGAUGAUGUCGUCUUCAAGAAUUGUGCUCGUGGCGAGGUCGAUCAUUCGAAGCGUGGAUUCAUUAACGAUACCCUACGAUCCGAAUUCCACAAAAAGUUCAUGCGGAAGUACAUCCAAUAG